GAGCAGUGCCCUGUCCUCUUCAAGAGGGUCGACGUCGCAUACCUGAGGGGCCGCCUGGGCGUCACCGAGGUGCACGGGGCCAGCACCGCCGGCGAGCUGCUGCGUUGCUGCGUGCAGGCGGUGGCGCCCGCCCCGGCGCCGGACCCCACGGCCGCGCUGGCGUGCAGCCUGCAGACGAUGGCGGCCGAGGACCCGGCGGUGCUCGCGCAGGACGUCCGCGCCACCGCCGCCGCGGACCCGUGGGGCGCGGUGCAGAGUUGCGCGGAGAGGCUGCAGCAGCUCCAGCAGGGCGCGGCCAGCAGGGGCGGAGAGGCGUUCGGCGCCCAGGCGCGCGCACUGCUCGAGGCGCUGCUGGGCGCCAUCUGCGCCGCGCCGCAGCUCUACCAGCCGAAGGGGGGCGUGGCCGAUGCGGCCUCCAAGGCCGUCAAGCAUCUGCUGCUGAAGACCGGGUCGCUGGGCGGGGAGUCGCAGGGCGCGCUGCCCCCGGCGCACGAGGCCAUCCUCGACCACCUGCUGGCGAACCCGCAGCUGCACCGCGUUCUGCAGCAGGUCCUGGAGAGCACCGCCGUGGACGUGCAGGGCUUCCUGCGCAGCCGGCUCGCGGUCGGCAGCCGAGCGGCGGGCGAGAUCCUGGCCAGGCACCACCAGGCGCAGGGACGCCCCGCGGAUGCCAGCGAGGUCCUCGCACAGCUGGCGGGCCGGCAGGACCCCGCGACCACUCUCGAGGAGCGCGCCCGCCUGCUGCAGCAGGCCCUCGCGGCCGCGCAGCAGGCUGCACCGAGCUCCAAGACCGUGGUGGACCGGCUGUCGGCGCAGCUGAACCUGGCCGUGCGCGUGCAGAUGCCCCUCCAUAGUGAGAUGCUGCUCCUUGCCCGCGACGACCGCGUGGAGUCCCAGUGGCGAGAAGCGGCGGAGAAGCGGGCCAAGGAGCUCCAGCGACUGCUGUCCCUGCAAGAGCUGUACCAGACCGUGGAGUCCUUCGGGCUCUGGCAUUUGGCGCUGCUGGUCAUCGACCUCGCUUCGGAUGUGCAGGAUCAGCUCAUGAUCUCCAACCAAUGGCUGAGGGUACUGCUCCCGCCGAACUGCCCAUACACUUCGCGCGAGCUGACGCAAGGCGUCUUUCCACUGCUCAUGUUGCGGCGCUGUACCGACUUCUUCCUCCAUGCGAGCCCGCCUGGGCAUCUGCCAACGAGCGCAGUCGCCUGUCCAGAUGACUUCCGUGUGCGGGCCUCGCGCUUGUUGGACGAGUUGGCGCGCGCCACCGAUGUGCAUGGUCCACUGUGGGAGGCGCGUCGUUUGGCCUACAUGCUCGAAUACUCCAGCUGCCUCUGGCUGCGCGCCACCGAGACCGCCGCAGUGUUGCCGGAGGCCUCCGCCGAGGACUCACGCUGCCAGACAUGGGUGGCGCUGGAGCUGCUGCCUGGACGGCCAUUCCACAUGUCCGCGGCCAGCGUCACGAAACUCUAUUCGGACAUGCUCGACCUAGCGAACUGGCUUGGCGAGUUCAAGGAUAUGCUGCCGCCCGAUCCGAACGGCUGCUGUCGGCGGCUCAGCGAGGACGAAUUGAUGUCCGUCCACCUGGGCGGAGUGCUGCUCGCCGCGGUGCGCGCCGCCUGCGGUGGCGCGCCCUCGCUGGAGCGCCUCGAGGCCGGCGCCCGCGGGGCGGCCCGUGCGGCCCUGGAGCGCCUUCGGUCCCGCCUGCCCGCGGUGCGGGGCCGCGAGGCGCUGCGGAGCGCCGCGCAGCGGCUGCUGCGGGAGGUCGAGCCGCUCGUCCAGGGCUGA